AGCUAGGAGAAGCUGAGUAUAGCAGUGUAGCAGAAUGGUUCUCUCUAGUCUCCUCAAUCUGAUACUUUUCUCCGUGUGUGGAGUCGUGAUGUCUCGAACUUUUGUACCAGAGCCAGAGUUCACUAGACUACCAGCAAUAUGUCGUCCGGUUGACACAAAUGAAUCCAGCGUUGUGUGCGGGAUCUUUGCGCGCACGAUGACGUAUCACUGUUGCGGUGGAGACGUAAAGAGAGUAUCGGAUUUAUGCUACAAUAUGACAAAGACGGAAGAUGUACUGGUGGAUGUUCCACUGCGUUGUGAGAACGGUGGAACAAAAAUUCAAUGUUCACGGCAGGUUGCGAGCGGUGAUCAGCUUGACGACGGUGAGUCAGAAACAAUGGAUGAGCCUGUGUCGGAAAAGUGCGCAUGCCCACCCAAUUUUACUGGACGCUGUUGUGAAAAACGGUUUAGCUUACUACGUCUACGUUUGUUAUACUAUCUAAGUCACAAUUUCUUUAGAAAAGAAAUACCGACCUGUCCUUCCAAUUCAAGAGAUGUUCCACUAAUGGUGCCGAAUCCCUUUUCAAAUGGCUGUACUGAUGACCAAGACUGUCAGGGAAACAAAACAUGUUGUAUAAGUUAUCACGGUUUUCCUGUGUGUAUGGACCCUAAACCGGAAGAUCCUUGUAAGGGUGUAGACUGCGGACCGAAACGUGCAUGCAAGCCUUCUGAAAUCGGUCAUCAUUUCGUCUCACCGUAUAUACGCAGUGUUGCAUUUGAAUGUGCUCCUUUAGAGAGACCUGGUAUGUGUCCCCCAUUCUACGACGAUAUUGCAGGGAGGUGCAUUGGUUAUCCAAACCCUUGUCGCGACGAUUCGCGGUGCAGUGUUGGCGAAAAGUGCUGCAGGUCAUUUUGCACCGACGAAUGUACUAAAUCUUUGCCUGAAGUGGCCGAUCCGUGUGCUGCUGGAAUAUGCGGAAAAGGCUACGACUGUGAUGUAGAAAAGGGUGAAGUCAUUUGCAAGAUACGUUGGUUCGAUUCUUGACAGACAAAUGAGCACGUUGUGACUAAAUGGGAUAGUAUAUAUUAUAUAUCUCACGUGUUAGUCUGAUUGCUGAAUCUGUUGCAUAACAUAACUAAGUCUAAAGUAUAUGCAUUUUGUAUUCGA